ACAGGCUAGGGAACAGAGCAACAGCAGCAGCAGCAGCAGCAGAGCCUAUUUCGUGUAAGGGCAAACAUUUAGAGGAGGCGUUCGAGAGAUGAACACACAACAUGCGAUUCUAGGAGCCGCCGUGCUCGGCAUGCUGCUCGCCUUUGGCUGCACGCUGCCAGUGCUGGACGCCAGCUCCGGGCUGGACAAUGCCACGCUCGAGCAGCUGCAAACGAAUCUCAAUGAUACGCCCAAGAAUCUCUACGUGGUCAAGGCAGUGGUCUAUGAGAUAGGCAUACUCACCGAGGUGGGCGACAAUGAGACGGACUUUGAGAGUCAGGAGCGUGUGGAUCUGACCUUCUACGAUGCGCACACCAAUCAGAGUCACAUUGAUCUGGGCAACAUACCGCUGCCCAUUCAGACGAACGUCUCCGGCCAGGUGCUGACGGGCAUUGCACCGAUCAACAUUGGCGCCUUCAGCAGUCCGCAAGAGCUGCUGCAGACGCUGCCAUUGACGGGGAGCAUUGUCAAUAUAACGCACAGUGACACGGCCUUCUACCAGCUGACUAAGUCGAAUACGAGCGAAUUCGAGAAGCCACAGCUGCUCAGCGAGGAUGCGUUGGCCAAGCUGACGCACGCCUCCGAGCUGUUCCCGCCCAACGGCUCGCUCAGCGGCCUGGGCGUCGCUGCCUCCUCCAAUGACUUGGACAACAGUUCGGAGGAGCAAUAAGUUGAAGCUGGACUCAAAAUUGAAAUUCUGAUAACGAAGUAAUGCAGUGCGUUGUGCUCCACAUCAUAAGACCCACAUACAUAUCACAUAAGCUUAUUGUUAAACGUAGUGAAUAAGUGUUAUUAGCGACAGUGUUAGAAAAGACUGCAAGAGAUGGAGUCCGUUAGGUAACAUACAUAUCUAGAACUAGUAGAAAGUACCGCCCCAAAACAUUGACUUUGCCAUAGUCAACUCACUUUUGUAUACGUAAAAAUAAAAGAAAAUGCAGCAAAGCAGCAACAACUCUUAAAAAAAAAUGUUCGAU